AUGACCAAUGGAAAAUUUAGUUUUAAUCCCAAAAAAGAUACAAAUGAUAUACAUUUUGAAAGGAGUAAUAUACUUAAUGAGAGUAGUAACGUAAUUUUGCUACGAGAAUCGUCAUCAAAGACGAAUAACAAUGUUUCUAAUUUGACUUCUUUACGAGGUAAUAGAAAGAGAAAGAGUUUGUUAAAUGAAAAAAGUAGUUCUAAAAGGAUUAAACUUGUUCAUGAUCUGCAACAAGAAUUGACUUUAAAUAAUAUUAAUAACACUGCAGAAGUUAAUUUAAAUACUGCUUUGAAUAACUUAAGUAACAUUCCUGAACAUUAUCUUGGAACUAUGAAUGUAUUAUGUAUUCAUUGUAAAGCGAAACACUUUAAAGCAGAGAAAGUAAAUAAUAAAGGAAAUUCUUUUAAUGAUUGCUGUAGCCAUGGUAAAGUAUUCCUACAGCCUUUGCCAGAACCACCAACAAUUAUAAAAGAAUUAUUUGAAGGUAUUCAUCCUUUGUCGAAUCACUUUUACAAUGAAAUACGUAAAUAUAACAAUACGUUUUCAUUUGCUUCAUUUAAUGCUAAUUUAGUACAAUUUAAUAAUAGACGGCCUGGACCAUUUUGCUUUAAAAUUCAGGGACAAAUAUAUUAUCAAAUAAAUACCUCUUUAUAUCCGGAUGAUGGCGAAUUGCCAAGUUUUGGACAACUUUUUAUAAUUGAUACUAAUGAAGCAACAGAUUUCAGAAUGAAUAUGAAUUCUACAUUAAACAAAGAAAUAUUAAGUGCUAUUCACAAUGUGAUGAUUGAAGGCAAUGCUUUUGCAAAUGCAUAUCAAAUGAUGAAAGACGAAUUAGAUUCAAUGACAACAGAGAACAAUGGUACAGAACCUGAACUGCAAUUGCUAUUUACAUUAAAGAAAGGACAAGAUAAAAGACGAUUCAAUUUUCAAAGAGUUAAUGAAGUUGCGGCAAUUUUCUCUACUACUGCAGACGGAGAAAUUCCAGAAUCUUACGUUACAAUUCGUAACAAAAAUACAAAGCAUUUACAAUAUGUAAGCUCAAUGGAUCCUAAUGUUGAACCAUGGACUUAUCCUUUAUUUUAUCCAUAUGGAACUAAGGGUUGGUCUGAGGAUAAAAAAAUGAUUGGUAGUAAUCGAAGAGUAACUAGAAAUGCUUAUAUAAAAUACCGAAUGGCUAUUCGAGAUGAACCAAACUAUAUUUUAAAGGGACGACGAUUGUUUCAACAGUGGGCCGUUGAUAAUUACGUUAAAGUGGAAAAGGAUAAAAUGAAUUAUUUAAGAAGUAAUCAGAAACAAUUAAGAGCUGAUACAUAUGAAAGUCUCUUACAACACUUAGAAAAAACAGCAGAAAAUACUAGCAGUCGCGUUGGAAAAGUAGUUGUUCUUCCUUCCACUUAUCCAGGAUCACCACGAAAUAUGCUACAGAAUUAUCAAGAUGCAAUGUGCAUAGUAAGGAAAUUUGGUAAACCUGAUUUGUUUAUUACAAUGACUUGUAAUCCAAAGUGGAAAGAAAUUACUGAAAAUUUGUUAGAUGGACAAACGGCUUCAGAUAGACCUGAUUUGGUGGCUCGCGUUUUUGAAUUAAAGAAAGAAGAACUUAUUAACAUAAUUGCAAAAGAAAAAUUAUUUGGAGAAGUACAAGCAUACGUCUAUGUUGUUGAGUAUCAAAAACGUGGAUUACCACACGUUCAUCUGUUAGUUAAUUUAAAAUCAAAUUCAAAAAUAACAACACCCGAAAUUGUGGAUAAGUUUAUUUCAGCCGAAAUACCAGAUCCCAUGGAAAAUCCAAGAUUACAUAAAAUUAUUGAUGCUAAUAUGAUUCAUGGUCCUUGUGGAGACUGGUGUUUAGAUAAAAAUGGUAAAUGUUCAAAGAAUUAUCCAAAACCAUUUAAUGAUGAAACGAAUAUGGAUGAAGACGGUUAUCCACAUUACAGACGACGAAAUAAUGAAACCUACAACCGGCGUGAUGGUUUUCAAUAUGAUAAUCAACGUGUUGUACCUCAUAACAAAGAACUUUUAUUGCGUUUAAAUUGCCACAUUAACGUUGAAGUUGUAACCAGUAUUAAAGCGGUAAAAUAUCUUUUUAAAUACAUUUAUAAAGGACAUGAUGCUGCGGCUGUUGUGAUUCAAGAAGCACAAAACAAUGACAACGAAGAAACAGGCGUUCUUGAACAUGAUGAAAUUAAAAGUUAUAUUGAAACUCGCUACGUUAGUCCACCCGAAGCAUGUGGCCGUAUUUUGAGCAAUAAUUUGCAAGGCAAAAGUCAUUCAAUUUAUCGUUUGCCUGUUCAUUUACCAAAUCAACAAACAGUAAUAGUAGAUAAUGUGGAUGAUCAAAAUUCGGUUAGAUCUGCAUUAAAUAGACCUUCAGAACUUACAGAAUAUUUUGCUUUAAAUGAAAGUGAUCCAACAGCUAGAAAUUAUACUUAUUCGGAAAUGCCGUUACAUUACGUAUUUCAAAAAGGAAAGAAAUCAUCUAAUGCCUUCACAUGGCAUAAGCGAAAACAACAUUUCAACACUUUAGGACGUAUGUAUUCUAUAAGUCCAUCCCAAAUUGAAUUAUUUCAUUUGAGAUUACUGUUAAUAACAGUAAAAGGGGCUACAAGUUUUGAAAAUUUAAGAACUGUUGAUGGUGUUACACAUGAUUCUUUUGUUUCUACGUGCUUAGCCUUAGGACUAAUAGAAGAUGACGAUGAAUGGAAAAAUGCUAUGCAUGAAGCAGAGGUUUGGAUGAUGCCUAGACAAUUAAGGCAAUUAUUUGUACGAAUUUUAAUACACUGUCAACCUCUACGUCCUGAAGAAUUGUGGGAAGAGUUUAAAAGUGCUUUAUCUGAAGACUAUUCAAGAACAAUGUCAGAAAGUCUUGCCCAGAAGAAAGCAUAUAUUCAUAUCAAUACAUUACUAAAUGCUGGAAAUUCAAAUUUAACAUAUUUUCCAUCAAUGUUACAAAUAACAGAAACUGAAGUUGACAUUGAAAAUCAAAUAAUAUAUGAACAACAUGAGACAAUUGGCACAGAACAAUAUCAGAAACUAAAUGAAAAGCAAAAAGAAAUUGUUGACAUUAUUUUAGAAACAGUUGAUAAUGAACAAACAAUUGAUAACAGCAAAAAACAAUGCUUUUUUAUUAAUGGAGUUGGAGGAUCUGGAAAAACAUUUGUUUAUACAACCUUGAUUCACCUUUUACAAAGUAAGAAAAAGAAAGUUUGUACAAUGGCGUUUACUGGCAUCGCAGCAACAUUACUUCCUCAGGGUAAAACUGUUCAUAGAACUUUUAAAUUGCCAAUUGCUAUUUACGGUGAUUCAUCUUUGACUAUUAAAGCACAAUCCAAAGAAGCAGAAUAUUUAAAAAGCAUAGACGUAUUCUUUUGGGAUGAAGCUCCAAUGGCUCCAAGGCAUGCUUUGCAAUUAGUUGAUCGCAAUUUAAGAGACAUAAUGAACAAUGAUAAACCAUUUGGAGGUAAAACAAUGAUACUUGGUGGAGAUUUUAGACAACUUCUUCCAGUUAAACAAAACGCUACUCGCAGUGAAUUAAUAAAUCUCUGCAUUAAAUUUAGUAGUGUAUGGUCUGCUUUCUUUCAAUUUUCUCUAACAGAAAAUAUGCGCGCUUUACCACAUGAGAAAGAGUUUUCAGCAUUUUUACUACAAGUUGGAAACGGAACAGCCAACAUGAAUGAAACUGAUAUACAAAUACCAGAAAAUUGUAUAGCUCCUCCAGCUCGAAAUGUUGACGUUGAUGAUAUUAACAAAUCAGUUGUUGAAUUAUUAGAUGUAUCAACAGAAAAAAUUUAUACCAGUGUUAAUACUGUUAAAAACUGUGAUAACAGUGAAAUUGGUGAAGCUCUCUUACCCGAAUACUUGGAGACCUUAAAUCCUCCAAAUUUACCGCCACUUGAGUUACGAUUAAGAAUUAAUACUGAAUCGAUCUUAGACGAGACGUCUUUAAUCACGGACAGUUUUAUGUUGCAUUCUCGCGUGUUCGAUCUUGGGAUUCAUUGA